AUGAAUCCUGCAGGUCUGUCCAUGAAUCCCACAGGUCUGCCCAUGAAUCCUGCAGGUCUGUCCAUGAAUCCUGCAGGUCUGUCCAUGAAUCCUGCAGGUCUGUCCAUGAAUCCUGCAGGUCUGUCCAUGAAUCCUGCAGGUCUGUCCAUGAAUCCUGCAGGUCUGCCCAUGAAUCCUGCAGGUCUGUCCAUGAAUCCUGCAGGUCUGCCCAUGAAUCCUGCAGGUCUGUCCAUGAAUCCUGCAGGUCUGUCCAUGAAUCCUGCAGGUCUGUCCAUGAAUCCUGCAGGUCUGUCCAUGAAUCCUGCAUGUCUGUCCAUGAAUCCUGCAGGUCUGUCCAUGAAUCCUGCAGGUCUGUCCAUGAAUCCUGCAGGUCUGUCCAUGAAUCCUGCAGGUCUGCCCAUGAAUCCUGCAGGUCUGUCCAUGAAUCCUGCAGGUCUGUCCAUGAAUCCUGCAGGUCUGGCCAUGAAUCCUGCAGGUCUGUCCAUGAAUCCUGCAGGUCUGUCCAUGAAUCCUGCAGGUCUGUCCAUGAAUCCUGCAGGUCUGGCCAUGAAUCCUGCAGGUCUGUCCAUGAAUCCUGCAGGUCUGUCAAUGAAUCCUGCAGGUCUGUCCAUGAAUCCUGCAGGUCUGUCCAUGAAUCCUGCAGGUCUGUCCAUGAAUCCUGCAGGUCUGUCCAUGAACCUGCAGGACGCCAUCAGGGGGUUGAGACGGAACCCUGGGGAGGGAGCUGGUGGUACACAGGCUGUGUUGGCAAACAAUUCACAGCGGGCGGGCCUGGCAGCUCAAGCGACGGACGCCUCUGCGGGGCAGGACAAGUACUGA